AUGGGCCCCCACCGCAAGAGACUGCGCCUUUCUGAGGACGGCACCGCUGUCGCCCCCUCUCCCGCCGACGGCCCUCCUUCUGAGCCUGCCAUUGCCGCCGCUGGCGCCCGCGUCCCCCCCGCCGACAACAGCACUGCUUUCAAACAUCGCCGCCAGCUCUUCGUGCGCGGCCUGGCCACCACCGUUACCACUGAUGAAUUGACCGACCACUUCUCGCAAUCUUUCCCCAUCAAGCACGCCGUCGCCGUGCUCGACAAGGAAUCCAAACACUGCAAAGGCUAUGGCUUCGUCACCUUUGCUGACGCUGAGGAUGCUGCCCGUGCUCGUGACGAGUUCAACGGCUCCCAGCUGCAAGGCCGGACCAUCAACGUCGACAUCGCCGAGCCUCGCCACCGCGAUUCCGAGCAUGGUAUCAGCCAGCCUGCCAAGGCUUCCGUCGACGCUAAGAAGAGAAAAGAGGAGCAGAUGCAGCCCAGCCAGUCCAAGCUGAUCAUUCGCAACCUGCCCUGGAGUGUCAAGACCGAGGAUCAGCUCACCAAGCUCUUUCUCAGCUACGGCAAGGUCAAGACAGCCUCGCUGCCCAAGAAGUCCAACGGUAUGCUGGCCGGUUACGGCUUCGUCACAUUGAGAGGAAGGAAGAACGCCGAGAAAGCCCUGGAGGCUGUCAACGGCAAGGAAAUCGAUGGUCGUACCCUGGCCGUUGACUGGUCUGUCAACAAGGAGACUUGGCAAAAGGUCCAAGACCAAGCCGCCGACGACGAAGAAGGCGCCAAGUCGCCGCCCGCCGCUGACGAGGACGAAGAAGAUGAGGAUGACGAUGAAGAUGAUGACGACGAAGAAGAAGAAGGAGGAGAGGCUGAGGACGGCGAGGAGGACGGCGACGACGACGAGGACGACGACGACGAAAGGUACAUUGACGAGACGGAACAUGAAGCUCCGCGAACCACAAACUUCUACAGCACGACCACCCUGUUCAUACGCAAUCUUCCAUUUACAUGCACCGACGAGGAUCUCGAGGAACAUUUUGAGCAGUUUGGCGGCGUUCGUUACGCCAGGAUAGUUAUGGAUCGUGUCACCGAAAAGCCAAAAGGUACUGGGUUUGUGUGUUUCUUCAAAGACGACGAUGCCCUGGCCUGCUUGAAAAACGCACCCAGACAGCAGAACCCGCAGAACCUCAAGGAUAGGUCCGCUCCAAUCGCUGCACACUCAGUGCUGCAAAACACCGACGCCGACCCGACCGGACAAUACACCAUGGACGGUCGCGUUCUGAACAUCACCAAGGCAGUGGACCGGAACGAAGCUGAGAAGCUCACCGCUGAGGGUGUCGCACAUCGCUACAAGAGAGACAACGACAAACGCAGACUCUUCCUGCUGUCCGAGGGAACCAUUGCGUCGAAUUCGCCUCUCUACAGUCUUCUUUCUCCUGCCGAAGUCCAGCUCCGCGAGGCAAGCCUGAAGCAGCGGAAGAGUUUGAUCGAAAGCAACCCUUCACUCCACAUGAGCUUGGCCCGCCUUUCUAUUCGCAACAUCCCCCGCACCGUUUCUUCGAAGGACCUUAAGCAGCUUGCCCGUCAGGCUAUUGUCGGUUUCGCCAAGGACAUGAAGGCAGGGAAACGCUCGCCCUUAUCGCAGGAAGAGCUCCGACGUGAGGACGAUGAAAUGCGCCAAGCUGACAAGGAGAGGAAGAAGAAGGGCAAGGGUGUGGUGAGGCAGGCCAAGAUUGUGUUCGAGAACAAGGACGGAAGCAAAGUCACCGAGAACAGUGGCGCUGGACGCAGCAGAGGCUACGGUUUCAUCGAGUACUACACGCACCGUCAUGCUUUGAUGGGUCUCCGAUGGCUCAACGGCCACGCCAUCGAUUACCAGGCACUGGAGACCCAGAAAAGCAAGAAGGUGUCGCCUGAGGACAUCAAGGACAGGAAGAAGCGCCUGAUUGUUGAGUUCGCCAUCGAAAAUGCACAGGUUGUCCAGAGGAGAAGGGAACUGGAGGCUAAGAUGCUUGAAAGGUCCCAGAAGAAGGCCGCUGACGACGGGAGCGGCUCUGAGGACGAUGGCGGGGGGAAAGAAAAGACGAAGGGCCGUAAGGGUGGAAAGGGCGUGGGGAAACGUAAGAGAGGGCACGAUGAUGAGGGCUCGUCGAGUAAGAAGAACGAUAAAUCGGCGCCGAAGGACGAGAAGCUUGCCAAACAGCAAAGGAUUAUCGCGAGGAAGCGACAGAUGCGCCGUGCCCGCGACAAGGGUACUAAACGCUGA